ACGUGACUAAACCUGCCAAGUUCGUAAGCGGCAGCCAGAUUCUAAACCUAGAUAGUCCGGUCCCGGGGAUAGGUUCUUAACCACAAAGGCAUUUUCUAAAAUUUUUAAAAGUACAGAAGCACAGGAAAGAGACAUUUUGGCCAGAAUAAGGGUUAAGGGAAGGCUUCAUGGAUGAAGUGGCAUUCGCUCUGGGUCUUGAAGGUCAACAGAUGGACAGGGCUCCUGGGGAGGAAGGACUCGAACGGGGAAGGAACAGCCUGACGAAGAGGCACUUUGGGUACCAGCCAGCUGACGACAGCAAGAUCUGGUCCAGUGCGCGCGGGAGGAAGCUGGGAAGGGACGCCGCGCCCAGAUCCCGAGGUCCUUGAGCACCAGGCCCUCUGCAAGGAACCGGGGAGGAAAAUCUCAAACUAUUAAUAGAAGAGCGGCAAAAAGGAAUUCGUGGGCACCCCUCCCUGUUGGAAGGACUUUCCCUGCCAGAGACCAAGGCUGGCAGCACAGCUACACUUCCCUCAGAGGGAAACAGCCGACCAAAGUGGUCAAGGUCGCCCGCGCGGGCUCCGGAGCUGUACGUCCUGGCCGAACACUCGCGUCCCGAGCACAGACGCUGCAUAUUUGGCUGCUAGCCCGUGCCCGCCAGGCCGGGCCUGGUAGCGCCAACACCUGCUCGGCGGGAACAGGAAGACCUGUCCUCUGGAACUCCCUCCGGCCACCUCCCCGUAUCCUCCAGGUCCUCGAAGGUCGAAGAGGCGUCCUCUCCUGGACACCCGCCGCGCGCUCGGCUCCUCCCCUCCGCGGGGAGACCGAAGGAAUAACAGCCUCUGCGAUAGGAGCACGCUCUACCAAUCAACCGUAGUCUCCGCCCGCGCCUCAGCCGGAGUAAAUUGCAUUGGUUACAUCAUUCUCGGCCGCCGAUAAGAUUGUUUUCUUGGAUUGGCUAAUAGCGUUCCUUCCCGCCUGUCUCUUCGUCGUCACAAGCUAACGAUUGGUUAAUCGCGUUGCCAAGCUCUGGACGCGGCUCGACCAUUGGAGGCCGCGGGCCCGCCCCCGUCGGCUAGGUGAAGGUGAGAGUCUCCUCCAGUCGCAGCGGCCAGACCUGACCGGCCAGCUCCGGGCGCAGGGUGAAAGCGUUCGAUUCCUGCUCUCUCGAUAUGGCGCCUCCGUCAGUCUUUUCCGAGGUUCCGCAGGCCCAGCCUGUCCUGGUCUUCAAGCUCACUGCCGACUUCCGGGAGGAUCCGGACCCCCGCAAGGUCAACCUGGGAGUGGGAGCAUAUCGCACCGACGACUGCCAUCCCUGGGUUUUGCCAGUAGUGAAGAAAGUGGAGCAGAAGAUUGCUAAUGACAAUAGCCUAAACCAUGAGUAUCUGCCAAUCCUGGGCCUGGCCGAGUUCCGGAGCUGUGCUUCUCGUCUUGCCCUUGGGGAUGACAGCCCAGCUCUCAAGGAGAAGCGGGUAGGAGGUGUGCAGUCUUUGGGGGGAACGGGUGCACUUCGAAUUGGGGCUGAUUUCUUAGCGCGCUGGUACAAUGGAACAAACAACAAGAACACACCCGUCUAUGUGUCCUCACCAACCUGGGAGAAUCACAAUGCUGUAUUUUCCGCUGCUGGUUUUAAAGACAUUCGGUCCUAUCGCUACUGGGAUGCAGAGAAGAGAGGACUGGACCUCCAGGGCUUCCUGAAUGAUCUGGAGAACGCUCCUGAGUUCUCCAUCAUUGUCCUCCACGCCUGUGCACACAACCCAACUGGGACCGACCCAACUCCGGAGCAGUGGAAGCAGAUUGCUUCUGUCAUGAAGCACCGGUUUCUGUUCCCCUUCUUUGACUCAGCCUAUCAGGGCUUUGCAUCUGGAAACCUAGAGAGAGAUGCCUGGGCCAUUCGCUAUUUUGUGUCUGAAGGCUUCGAGUUCUUCUGUGCCCAGUCCUUCUCCAAGAACUUCGGGCUCUACAAUGAGAGAGUCGGGAAUCUGACUGUGGUUGGAAAAGAACCUGAGAGCAUCCUGCGAGUCCUUUCCCAGAUGGAGAAGAUUGUGCGGAUUACUUGGUCCAAUCCCCCUGCCCAGGGAGCACGAAUCGUGGCCGACACCCUCUCUAACCCUGAGCUCUUUGAGGAAUGGAAAGGUAAUGUGAAGACAAUGGCUGACCGGAUUCUGACCAUGAGAUCUGAACUCAGGGCACGACUAGAAGCCCUCAAAACCCCUGGGACCUGGAACCACAUCACUGAUCAAAUUGGCAUGUUCAGCUACACUGGGUUGAACCCCAAGCAGGUUGAGUAUCUGAUCAAUGAAAAGCACAUCUACCUGCUGCCAAGUGGUCGAAUCAACGUGAGUGGCUUAACCACCAAAAAUCUAGAUUAUGUGGCCACCUCCAUCCAUGAAGCCAUCACCAAAAUCCAGUGAAGAAACACCAGCCGUCCAGUACCACCAAAGUAGUUCUCUGUCAUGUGUGUUCCCUGCCUGCACAAACCUACAUGUACAUAUCAUGGAUUAGAGACACUUGCAGGACUGAAAGGCUGCUCUGGUGAGGCGGCCUCUGUUUAAACCGUCCCCACAUGAAGAGAACAUCCCUUGAGACGAAUUUGGAGACUGGGAUUAGAGCCUUGGGAGGUCAAAGCAAAUUAAAAUUCUUAUUUAAGAAUAAAAGAGUACUUUGAUCAUGAGACAUAGGUAUCUUGUCCCCCUGGCUAAAAGGCAGGAGUAUUGCGUGUGGCAACCACGUGCUUCUGUGUGGUGUUUGACUCUGUACAAAGUCUAGUCCCAAAGAUCAAGUUGUCUGAAGGAGCCAAAGUGUGAAUGUGGGUGUCGGCUGUGGCAUUAAACUCAUCAUCUCAACCCGGAGUGUCUGGUCUGCCUGCUCUUUCUGCAUGGUUGUGUCCCUAGUCCUAAGCUUUGGUUCUUUAGGGCGACUGUGUUAAGAAGUAUAUUUAAUCAUGACACACACAUAUUUAACUGAAACAGAAGUUUGACCAAACAGUAUUCACUCGUGAUGUGUGUAGUGCGUUCUAUUUUUGAGCCAUUCUACUGUGUUCUACUUCACCUAAAAAAGUAAAAUAAAAAUGUUGAUCAAGA